GGAAAAGGGCGUGCACUUAGUACCCUGGGCCGGAGACUCGCGUGUUUGAGCGGGAGUGAGGACGGGGGGCGACCAUGGCGUCGCUGAAUUGUAGCGCCGUCGUCUGCGUGGUUUGCUUGGAGAAACCCAAAUACCGCUGCCCCGCCUGCCGCGUGCCCUACUGCUCCGUGGGCUGCUUCCGGAAGCACAAAGAGCAGUGCAACCCUAAAACUCAUCCUAUUGAGAAAAGAAGAUCAGCUGUUACUGCAAAAAGUAUAAAGCCUACAGAAGACAAAGAUGACGACGACUCUGUAGCUGAUUUUCUCAAUAGUGAUGAGGAAGAGGACAGAGUUUCUUUGCAGAAUUUAAAGAAUUUAGGGGAAUCUGCAGCAUUAAGAAGUCUGCUGCUCAAUCCACACCUUAGACAGUUGAUGGUCAGCCUCGAUCAGGGGGACAACAAGGCACAGCUCAUGAGGGCCUGCAUGCAGGAGCCCUUGUUUGUGGAGUUUGCGGACUGCUGUUUACGGAUUGUGGAACCGUCCCAGGAUGAGGAUUCUUAAGAUGGUUUAUUGUGCUGCUUGCUCAGUCUCUGCGUGGCUCUCAGAACCUGCCUGCUCCUCCUCCCAGGACAGCUAGUGUGGGGCCCUGAGCAGGGGGUGGUGACUCCCAGGGUAUAGGACGGCGGAUGCUGGGUAGGCCUCACAAGUCUUUAUCUCAAGCACCGUGGGCAUGGGGUUCAGACAAGAUGGGGAUAUUCUUGGUGGCAGACCCUUUAUGGAGAAAAAAUUUGAUAUUUAGAGGGUUGUCUUUAAAUAUUUUAUUUUUGGUAUAAGUUAGACAUUGUGAAUGAUAUUGUUUGUCAUGUUUUAUACCCAUUUGAGUUAAAACUUGUUUAGUGUUGCUAAAUAAAAUCAAUUAUAAUAA